AUGCCUAAGGAUGGGAGGAAGAAACUCAAGAAGGGGAACUCGGGGAAGGAGAAGGGGAAAAAGAAACUGGGAAAGAAGAAAGAGAAAGUUGGUGCUCCUGCCGUGCAAGAUCAGGUGGAGGAGGGGGAGAGGCAAGGAGGGGAAGGCGGGGAGGGAGAGGAAGGAGGGGAAGGAGGACACGAGAAGCAGGAGCAGGAUGGAAAUGAGCGGCAUGGUCGCGAGGAGAGAGCUGGGUUGAAAAGGAAUCAAAGCGGAGGAGAAGACGAGGAAGGGGGCACAGACCAGGCCAGAGGCAGUAAGCAGGUUGUCUCGAGUGGGCAGAACAUGGCAAAAAGGGGAGAGUCGGAGGAGGAAGAGCAGGAGCAGGAGGAGGAGAAGAUGGGUGGGAAUUGCGAGUAUGAGCAGGAGGAGGCUGAGGAGGAGGAGGAGAGAGAUGAAGGGGCAGCGGAUUGGGGCAACAGGGAGGGUGAAUCGGGGAGAGAAGAGGUGGGAGAUGGGAAGGAAGCGGAGGAGGGGAAUGUGCCUUGGAAGGGAAGGGAAGCAGAAGUGGAAGGGGAAAGAGAAGGGGAAGGGGAAGGAGAAGGGGAAGGGCAUGGGGUAGGGAAAGGAGAAGGAGAAGGAGAAGGAGAAGGAGAAGGGGAAGGGGAAGGGCUGGAAGAACAGGAGAUGCAGAGUCGUUGGGAGAGGGGAAAGGAACUUGAGGGGGGGCCAAGAGGGGGGGUUCAUGUAUGGAGAGAGAGAGAAGGAAAGUUAGGGGCGGAUAAAAGGAAAGAGGAGGUGGGGGGGAGUGAGAAACGGCAAGUUGUGGUGGCUGGUGAAGGUGUGCUGAGGAGAGAGAGUGUUGACAUGAUGGAUUGUGCCUGGGCCGGGAUGGCAGAGGAGGAGGAGGAGGAGGAAGAAGAAGAAGAAGAAGAGGAAGAAGAGGAAGGGGAGGAAGAGGAGGAAGAGGAGGAGGAAGAGGAGGAGGAGGACAAUGAAGAGGAACAAGAAGAAGAGCAAGAGGAGGAGAAGAGGGUAGUAAAGGAGGAGGACGAAGGGGUGGUGGAGGAGCAGGGGGAAGAGGAGAAGGUGGUAAGCAAAUUGGAGGGCGAGGGGGAAGGGGAGGGGGAGGGUGAGAAGAUAAGGGAGGAGGAUAGCAGGUGCAGAGGAGAAGGUGGUGGGGAGGGUACGUGGAAGGGGAAGAAUGGAGUGGUGGUGGAAGAGGAUGGUGAGGGAGAGUGGGGACGCGAAGGGCACGGAGAAAGGUAUAAAGCGGGGAGGUUUGGCAGCAAGAUGAAAGAAUGGGACGACAGGCAUGGUUCUGAUGCAGUCAGCUAUGAUGGCGCUGGUGAUGGUGAUGAUGAUGGUGAUGGUGAUGGUGGGGAGGUUGGGGUGCAUGAUGGUAAUGGGCAUGAAAUUUGGCAUGGUGGUGGUGAAGCUGAGAGGCAAGAGGUGGGUCAUGAGCAGGAGGAUGUUGAUGAGGGCAGCGUGAAGGUAAUGGAGAGAGGCGGGGAGGGGAGAGAAGGAGGCGCCAAGGCCAUCAGCAGCCCCCAUGGCCGUGUUGGCCUGGCUUCACUCCAUGCGCAUUCCCAUGCUGAUUCUCAUGGUGACAGCGAUGGGCGUUCAAAUAGAGCCAUGUCUGAUGGCGAUGGUGAUGGUGAUGGUGAUGGUGAUGGUGAUGUUAGGGAGAGUGCACACAUGUAUGCAGACGCGGCGGGCAUGGGUCAUGACAUGUCGGGGCGGAGGUGGGGGGAGGAGGAAAAGGAGGGGCCCGAGAAGUGGGAGGAGAGGGAGCAUAUGGAGGAGUGGGGGGAGAGGGAGGCGUGGGAAGAAAGGGAGGAGGGGCAUGAUUGGGAGGAGAGGGAGGAGAGGGAUCAGUGGGAGGAAAGAGAGGAGAGGAAGGAGGAGGAGUGGGAAGAGAGGGAUGAGAGGGAGGAGGCGGAGCAGGGGGAGGGGAGAGAGGAGAGGGAGGAGAGGGAAGAGUGGGAGGAUGAGGAGGAGGAAGUGGAGGAGGAGGAGGAGAAGGAUGGGAAGCGGGCAGAGGAGGACAUUGAUGGGGAGAAGACCAGUUACAAGGAGGAAGGCACGUUGGAUGAGGUAGGGGUAAGCAAGGGAAAGGAGGAGAUGGAUAGUGACGAGGAAAAGGCUGGAGAGAAGGAUGGAGAGGACGAGAUGGGAGGAGAGGAGGAAGAGGAGGAGAUGGGAGGAGAGGAGGAAGAGGAAGAGAUGGGAGGAGAGGAGGAAGAGGAAGAGAUGGAUGGUGUGUCAAGGUUGCCCGUAGCAUAUGGGCGAAGGGAAGAGGAAGAGGAUGAGGAGAGUGUCAUAUGUGGGAGUGUGAUAGUGCAUGACGACAGUGACAGGACCCCCCAUGCUGCACACAGCACUGGAAUAAGCGGGGACAGCAGGGGCAGCGGGGACAGCAGGGGCAGUGGUGACGGUGGGGAGAGUGGGGAGAGUGCAGGGGUGGUGAGCAGCAUUCACCAGCCUACCAAUGCGCCGCCUGGGCAUCUAUCCUUGUCUGCUGGCUCGCCUGCUGCACUUCACUCUCGCCACUCCGCUACCCACUUGGCACCGUCUCUUCAAGCCCUCUGGCUGCCGUGGCAUCGCUGCCUAUUAGACGUGGCAGGCAUCGGUCUGCUCACCGUGCGCUGCUCUUCCUCCUCCCCAUCCUCCCCAUCCUCCCCCUCCUCCCCUCCCUCCUCCUCCACAACAACCGCCCGCAUCGGGCGCUGCAACGCAGCUCUCCUCCGCAUGCUGGGAUCGGCCGCUCGCCCUCCUCCCUCCCCAGCUGCUCUUCUCUUCCCCCAGGCCAAUCUCUCUGCUGCUUCUGCGGCGGCUGCAGCAGGUGUGGCAGCAGCUGGGGCGGAGCGUGGGUUGGUGCAUCAGCUGGAGAUGGGGCUGUCGGGAGAAUAUGAGGCGCUGCCGCUGGUCACUCUGCUGCACCCACGCCACCGAGAGGACACAUGGCCGGCUCUAAUGGCCCUGAUUCUCACAGCCAUGGGCCUGUGCAGCGGAGGGUCAAGCGAGCAGGAGCAAGCACCAGUGGAGCAGGUUCUGGGAGAGCCGCUGCUCGCAUCCCUGCAGCAUGCACACGGCCACGAGGUGCAUGUGGCUCUCUCCGUUCUCCCAGGCCCUCCGGAAAUAGGGAACAAGGAGGUGGAGGAGGUGGAGGAGGAGGAAGGGAGUGAUGGUGAUUGCGAGGAUGGGAGUGGAGGUGAUGUGGGUUGGAAGACAGGGUAUGGUGGGGCACGUGGGAGGGGGUCUGGCGGUGGUGGUGGAGCGACGGUGGUUCUUGUUGUGCAGAACCUUCAACUCGCUGACAUGAUGUUUUAA